AUGGUGUUCGAAUCGAUUGUAGUGGACGUGUUGAACAGGUUUCUUGGAGACUACGUGGAGAACCUGAACAGAUCUCAGCUCAAAUUAGGGAUAUGGGGAGGUGAUGUCGUCUUGGAAAAUUUGAUAUUAAAACAGAAUGCAUUGGAAGAACUCAAUAUACCUGUCCAGACAGUUUAUGGUCAUUUGGGUAAACUAGUACUUAAGAUACCAUGGAAAAAUCUAUACGGUGCGUCUGUAGAAGCAACUGUGGACCGUCUGUUUCUUAUUGUGAAUCCUACCGCUGAAGUCAAGUAUGACCCAGAGAAGGAAGAGAAAAUGGCACUGGCCUCAAAGCAGGCCGAACUUGUGAGGGUUGAGGAAGCUAAGAAAAAAGAAGCAGAGAAGGAUCAAAAUAAACUUGAUGAGACAUUCGUGGAGAAGUUGGUAACACAGAUAAUCAAGAAUGUACAAUUAAAAAUAACAGAUAUACAUAUACGAUACGAGGAUAGCAUAACUAAUCCAAAGGCACCGUUCUCCUUUGGUAUAACACUGCACAAUCUGUCCGUCCACACAACAGAUGAAAAUUGGAAGCAAGCGGUUAUUCAAGAAGCUGUGACAAAAAUUUUUAAGAUCUUGAACUUGGAGGGUUUAGCUAUAUAUUGGAAUCCUGCAACAGAAUUAUACUCAAAAUGUCCCACGCAAGAGAUCAAGACCAGACUAGAGAAAGAGAUAGCAACAAAAUCGUCUCAACCGUCAUUCUACAAAUAUGCUUUGGGUCCAAUCAAUGCUACAGCAAAACUAAAAUUAAAUCCAAAACCAGAGGGUGAUACACCUAAAUUUAGUAUACCUAAGGUGAUAUUAACACUUCAUAUGGAACAACUGUCAGUUAGUCUCAAUAAAGCGCAGUACAGGGACAUGAUGCUGCUUGCAGAUUCAAUGGAUAGGAUGAGCAAAGGCACACCUUAUAGAAAAUACCGCCCUGAUCUGAAACUAUACAAAGGCCACUACAAACAAUGGUGGCAUUUCGCUUACCAAUGUGUACUAGAAGAGGAAGUGCGCAGGCGCCGAAGAAAUUGGGACUGGACACACAUGUUGGGUCAUAGAAAUUUGUGCAAAAAUUACGCAUCUGCGUACCAAUCCAAGUUGAGCAAUAAAGGAAAAGUCGGUGCUGAUCAGCAAUGCAUAUUGGAUGAGGCUGAGAAGAAAUUGGAUUUAUUUAACCUCGUUGUCAUUAGACAGAAAAUUGAAAUGGAGGUUGAAAGGCUUGGAAAGCUGGAGGCGGAGGCAAAGAAAUCUCGUGGCUGGUUUGGCGGCUGGUGGUCUGGUGGCGGAUCGAAAGAUGACGAGCAUGCCGAGGGAACAGCUAUAAUGAAACAAUUCGAAAAAGCUAUGACACCGGACGAGAAGGACAAGCUCUUCCGUGCCAUAGACUACCAGGAGAACACCGCACCCCUCCAUUUGCCAGUGGAGUAUGUAGCCGUAGUGGGACAUUUCCGUCUCGACCGGCUUCAGGUGGCUGUAAACGAUGACGUAGAAGUUCUCAAAGCUUGUGUGGACAAUGUCGAAGUUGAUUUGCAGCAACGGCCUAGUGCUAAUGCACUGAGAGUGGACGUACAAAUGCAGGCGUUUAGCGUGACCGGAGUGCAACAGGAUGAAUUUAUUCCACAGCUUGUAACAUCCAAAGAAGUUACGAAAGACGUUAAUCUCUUAAAUGUCGUUUUUGAAACAAAACCUCUAGACGGCACUUGCGACCAAAGAGUAAAAGUGUCGGCGCGUCCUCUACAAAUAGUGUAUGAUGCACAAACGGUCAUCGAGAUCGUCAACGUAUUUAAACCGCCAAGCGAAUCUACAGCUUUAACUACUUUACAAGCGGCUGCUGAAAAUAAAUUGUCGGAUUUGAAAGAGAAAUCGGCGUUAGGAAUGCAAUAUGCUGUACAUCAUCACACGUUUAUAGAUUUGGAUAUUGAUAUUGCUGCAUCUUAUAUCAUUGUACCGCAAACAGGAAUGUAUAAAGGAGGUGAACCAUGUGUGGCGGUAAAGUUGGGUGCUAUCAGUGUGAAAUCAUCCGGACGGGGACAGCAGCUCGAUGUACACCGGUUGCAUCGUGAAGGGUUCUCCGACGAGGACAUACUGCGGGAGAUAGCACACCACAGCUACGACAAGAUGGCGCUACAGCUCACAGAGAUGCAGGUUGUCAUAGCCACAGCAAACGAGGACUGGCAAUCCGCAAUAGCUUCAAAUGAAGCGACUCCACUGCAUUUACUUCAGCCAACCAACUUAGUUAUACAAAUUCACAAAUGCUUGAUUACCGACGAUCCACGUCUACCCAAGAUAAAGAUCCGAGGAGAACUUGAGAAAAUUGCUAUUAGUGCAUCGGAAGACAGAUUAUUGACAUUAUGUGAAAUAUUAGUAAGCAUGCCUCUCCCUAAGUCAGAAGAAGCGACGCAACUAAAGCCCAGUGAAUCGAAAAGUUCCAGUCUGUCGCUGCUGAAGUACUUAGACCCUGUCGAGAAACAAAAAAGAGAUACAGCGCGUUCUAACCAAAGGAAGACUGAGGAGCAUACAGUUCAGUUGACUGAAGUUGAAGCGUUCUUUAUUAUGAAAGAACUGGUGCUUAGUGUCAACCGUAAGAGUGUUGAAACGGCCAAAGAAUAUGAAAAGUUCCUAGUAUUCUCUCUCUAUCUUUUGGAACUGAAGACAACACAAAAAACCUUCACAUUGGAGGCGGCUGUCCGUCUUGGGGCCGUGCAUAUGCAACACCACAGACUUGAACAAAAAGUUAUAAAUAUGGUUGAAACACCUGGAGAGGAGGAAUUCGUUGAGAAGAAUACAAAUCAGUAUUUGUUUGCGGUCACAUAUAGUAAUGUUGACAAAAAGUGUCCAGAAUUUAGAAGUCACUAUGGAUCAGUGGAACAGAUGAUAGAAUUAGAUUUCACUACAUUGAGGCUUCUUCUUCAUUUAGAGGGUCUGCAGGAAAUUCUAGUCAUUGUAAAUGAGUACCAGACUCGAUUACAAACUAUUCAAAGUACAGUAGACAGAACCGCAAAUGCAGGUCCAUUGGAAACAAUUGUCGAAGAUGAAGAAUAUUCUGCUGCUAAAUCAAAAGCCAAUAUUGUAAAACCAUCACGUCGUAAGCAAGUGGAAAGCAUACAACUGAAAGUGAACGUUAAGAUUGGAUCCAUUGAAAUUGGAUUUUCUACUGACCGGCGCCCACUAUCCACUGUUAUUUUAGAGGGAGCAACUGCUGGGCUUGUAUUGAAAAGUUCUUAUACCCAAGUAGAUUGUGCUAUAGCGUCGCUUAAAGUAGAAGAUCUUAACCCUGUAACUAUACACAAACAGAUACUGAAAGUAUUAGGCGGCGAUGUGAUGAACGUUCGUAUAGUGAUGUACAACUUGGAACAGCACCCGUCUGUAAGUGACGUCAACAUGUCAAUAGACGCGCAAAUUAACUGUCUGCGUAUCAUAUUCCUCAACUGGUACGUCACGUCCAUGCUGGAAUUUUUAAAUAACUUCCAAUCGGCACAACAAGCUAUCAUCGAAGCGUCAUCACAGGCUGCAGAUGCAGCUCGAGCGAAUGUAGCAAACGCUUACCAAAACUCCACUAAAGUGUUGCUCAAAGUCCGUCUUGACGCACCCAUUAUUGUGGUCCCUGAGAACUCGACUAGUCUUAAUGCUAUGCUGGUAGAUUUAGGUCGUAUGAACUUAAACAACAAGUUCAUUGAUCUACCUGUUGCUGAUGUAUCCAAUAAAGUAACUGUUGACGAGCUGACCCUAGACUUGGAAGAUAUGAAAGUAUCAUGCGUGCAGCUGAAAGAUGAUAAGGACAUCAGUCAAGAGCGUAAACUGCUUCGCCCCACGAGUUUCAAACUGUUGGUCAAACGCAGCCUCUCAUCCUGGUAUGAAAGCCUGCCAGAUUUGGACGUUUCCGGACGUAUGAGGACUAUAGCUAUUACCGUAGGACACAGUGAUUACAAAAGUAUUAUGAAAAUACUCAACCAAAAUCUUCAAGAGGGUCAAGAUAAGGUAGAAGAAGUCAAACCUCAACCUGGUGUAUCUAAAGUGACGUCAAAGGCUGUUAAAAGUCAAACGAGCAGAGUUCAGACUAAAUCAACAGUAGCCGUUAUUACACCCAAGGAAGCGAAGCAACCAAGAACUACGAUAAAAUUCGCAUUCACUAUGGACAGUUUUGUUAUAGAUCUUAUGAAUACUGUUAGUUCCGAAGACACGAUGUUCGUAAAAGACGUGGAUCUGGCGCGGUUUUGUCUGGCUUUAUUAUCUGUCAAGGGUCGAAUGUUCUCUGACAAUUCUAUGCACACAUCAGUACUGCUCGUAGACUGCACCUUAGACGAUACGAGACCGGGCCGUGGUGCAAAGAUAACAAGAUAUCUGGAGAGGCGACGUGAUAGGGGUGACACGAACACAACUCAACAGGCUGACGACAGUGUACUCAUGGAGGCCAACGACAAGAUACGUAGCAUGAUUGAUAUAACGUAUACCAUGAAGAAUUCCGACAUCUUUGUUGACAUGCGGAUAUUUAGCUUCAACCUUAUCCUGGCUAUGGAUUUCCUCAACAAGAUAGCUGAGUUCAUGACCACGGGUCUAGCAGAGGACACAUCGUCUAUCAAACCAAAGGAGGACGUGAAAUUAUUAAAAUCCACGGAUAAAUCUGUUGAUAGUCUCCUUAAAAAGAAACCGUCAGCAGCAACAACCCCGUCGACGGUGGAACAACCUCAGAAUAUGUCAAUGAUGACGGUUAACAUCAAGAUUGAACAACCUGACAUUAUCCUGGUAGAGUCACUUGAACAGAAGACAUGUGACGCACUAGUGUUAAACAUGGAAGCCAGAUUUAAAUUGCGCAAGACCUCGGAGCGCAUGGUGGCAGAUGGCGGCAUAUCCGGGCUGCAGAUGGUAGUUCGUACACUGGGCCGUGGGGGACCCAGCGGUCCCGCACCGCGAUAUUUGCUGUCACCGGCUACACUUUCGCUGGCGCUCUCCCAGCCACCUGCAAGCGGGAUGCAUAUAGACUUAGCCAUUUCCGAUAUCAAAAUCACUGUCUCGCCAGAUAUGAUUGCCCUUUUGAAUCGAGUGAUGGCGACAAUGACCAGCCGUGAAGAAGAUAACACUGAAGAAGAUCUCAAACCGAUAUUCUAUAAUAAUCUAUGGACCAUACAGCCGUUCAAACCAAAUUCAUAUUGGUUUUUAAAAGCAGAAGAAGCUGAAGAAGCUGUUAGUCUGGAUGUAUCUAACACUAAUAUAACUCCCCCGCCGCCGACGGGCGAGAUCUGCCUGCUGUCCAGUCCAUCCAUUACAGUUUCACUCGAGAUGGACAUUGGCAACGAGACGAUACCUGUAUUGGUAAUGCAAGCUUCACUCACUGGACAAGUUAAAGACUGGAGUUCUGAUUUCUACAUGGAGUCGACAUGGGCCAUGCAAAUGUCUUAUUACAACAUUGGACGUGCUGUAUGGGAGCCGCUAAUUGAACCCGUCGAGGUGCUGAAAGACUAUCAGUACAAACACGUGCCAUGGGAACUUAAAAUGGAGGUGGUAAUGCGACCUCAAGAAAAUCACCUCUCAAUAGAUACGUCAGACGAAGCGGCCAAUUUGCAAGCAGUCGCACAAAGGCAGGCUAACAAAACUAUCACGAUAUCAAGCAGUGAACCGCUUGAGAUCACUAUCACCAGAAGUGGUAUGGAGAUGCUCACACAACUUGGAAAUUCAUUUGCAGCUGCCGUAGCAGAUACUGACAAUACAUUAUUGUCGAAAUUGAAGACAGACGAUACUACCACAAAGCAAUAUUAUGGUGCCCCAUAUGUACUCCACAACUGCACCGGCCUGACGGCAAAGUUGAUGCUCCAGGAUAACAAUGACUUCUCUGUUUUCCACACUGAUGAGCAUGUCUCCUCUGAUUACAGAGAGGUGGUAUUGGAACCAGGCGCGUGUGUUCCUCUACAGCUGCAGCAUGGUGGCCUUAAUAUGGUCAAGCUUAACGAACCACCACCGUCACUCAAGCUUACUGUUAAGGUAGUUGAAUUGGAUGACGAAGUGCAAAUUCCAGUCGAGCGUGCCGAUAAGCGUUAUUUUACACUAGGUCGCCGGCAUACUAGCUCUACUAUAGAACGAAACGUACCGUCUGUCGCUGCUAUUGAGCCUCGGGGGCUAAUAUCGGAUGUUGUUAUGCAAGAUGCAGCCUUGCACAUCUAUUUACGAAGUGUUGUACAGGUGACCAAUACAUUGUCUGUAAACGUGUCUGUGUACUACAUGACACUGAGUGGCAAUGAAGUCAGUUUGCUCGGGGAAGUGAAACCGGGCGGUAUACUCCGCCUGCCAUUACAGGCUGUGCAUACGCCUACUGCUGAAAUAUUCUUCUCCGUUGAAGGUUUUACAGUAUCCGUAAUGCCUUUCAUAUGGCGUGAAUUGCAGCAGGAAGUUAAGAUCGCUAAAUUAUUACAAUGCGAUUCGAAAGACAAAAAUAGCGGCGAAAAGUUCUAUCUCAAGGCACUUGGAACGAUGGAACAAGUAUUCUACGAACACUCCAAUAGGCAUACUUUCGCUUCUUCGUGCUAUGACAUCAUUCUCAAACCUGCGGUGAAGCUUCAGAACUGUUUGCCAGUCGAUAUAGUGGUUUCGCAAUUGGGGCUAAAACGCACGCAGACUUUUAAGCCUGGAGAGAUGUUCCAUUUAUCCCACCUCUCGCCUAAUAAAGCGACUGUUGUUAUUAUGAUCGAGAACUACUUAGACAAAUGCUGGGUGUGCACCAAGAAUCUGCCAGAGGCAGAGAGUGAACUAUCGGUUUGGUCCUUCGAGUCCCACGACAGUCCGGCGGUGAUGACCCUCGAACUGGGCAUGCAUAGUGUGGACACUGAUGGCACUCAAGUGCUGUCACUCUAUUGCCCCUUCUGGAUGCUCAACAAGACCGGAUUCACGCUCUGCUACCGGAAAUCAAAGAAACCAGAAAAAGACUCCAGCACUCCCAACAAGAACGCAGAUGAAACUGGCAACGUGAUAUUCCAUCCUAAAGAUUACAAGGAGCCAAUAUUAUUCUCUUUCCGUGCAAAGAACUUUUUCGGCAAAAAAAAGGCUGCAAUCCGUGUCGAGUUUGGAGAAUGGUCCGAAAAAUUCUCUUUGGAUGUUCCAGGAAGUUCCGGUGUGAUUUUAUGUAAACACGAGGGCAGAACUUAUCAGGUGGCGGUCACGAAUCAAUUAACGUUCAAUAGUUUAACGAAAAUGGUGAUAUUUACUCCAUACUUUCUCAUCAUCAACGAAGCACCUUUCGCAAUACAGUACCAAGAACUACAUAGAUCUGGCGAUCCCUGGCAAGAGGUCGAGCAAAAUUCAAGUUCGCCGCUGUGGCCGGUGAUAGAAAAGGAGGACAAGUUGCUUCGGUUGAGAGUGGCCGGUUCCACGGAAAUUGCUUCACCUUUUUUGUUUACGGAGCAACAUAGCGUCUGUCUGAAGCUCAACAAUGAGUACGGAGGUUUGCAAGUGGAGGUGCAGCUGACAGAGGGCGGUACAUACGUGACAGUGCGGCAGUACCGCGACGGGCACGCGCCUGCGUUGCUGGUCAACUACACCGAUCACCAAAUCACGCUCUACGAGAAGGAGAACGUCAACAUCAGGCCUCUACCGUCUAUGAACAAGAUGUUAUAUACAUGGGACAACCCUGCCGGUCCACGAACGAUUAUAUUCGAAGGUCAUAAGAAAAAGGAAAUAGAAAAUGAUCUUAGAAAAGAUGGAAUCGGAGAAUUCUUGAUUAACGAGACCACCAAAAUAUGGUGGGUAUCAUUCUUGGACGGACUGCAGCGAGUUAUCCUGUUUACGGAGAACGCCAUGCUAGCAAGCGGCGCACACACCAUCGGGGAGGCCGAGCUCGUCGAUACAGAGAUCGUGCUGUCCAUGCAGGGCAUGGGACUCUCCCUUGUCAACGAUCCAGAACUGCUAGAGAUCCUCUACAUCAGUAUAUCCAAUUCCGGUAUCAUAUGGGAACAAUGUAAAGUUGGCGGUCGUCGAUACAAAAAAAUGGAGGGUCCAAAAUUGAUACAGCUCGAAGAGGCAUAUCAACGAUAUUUAACGGAGAAAAUGAUCAGCGAAAACCCAGUAUCGCCACGAGUAACUUUGGAAGAUAAACUAGAGGUGGACUUCGAAGAGAUGCGUAUACUGAAGCCGUCGCCGCGGCUGGUGCGUCGCACGCUGCAGCCCGGGCUGUGGGCGUCGUGCGGGCUCACGGCGCACUCGCGGCGGCUGCACGCGCGGCUGCACCGCCUGCAGCUCGACCAGCAGCUGCCGCUGCCCACGUUCCCCGUAGUGCUGGCGCCGGUGCCCCCGCCGCGGUCCAUCGCCAACGUCGACACCGCUGGGCCAAAACCAUUUAUAGAAGUGUCAAUAGUGGAACGUAUAAUGGAACACAGUAAAGUGCGGCAGUACAAGUAUUACAAACUGCUCAUCCAAGAGUUCCACGUGAAGGUGGAUAUGGGACUCAUUAACGCGCUCAUGGGCAUGUUCCCGCAGCGACUGCUCACCGAACAGGAAGCUCUUGAUGCUUUCCAAUUGGAUCUCGAAAAAGCAGGUCAAGCAUUGGAAGCACUAGCAGCAAUGGGCGUUGCAUCAGGUCAAAAGAAUUUCUACGACAAUUUACAUUUGUCGCCACUUAAGGUGCACGUUUCUUUCUCACUCGGAGGAGCAACUCAACUUCCCACGUUCGUCGGUACAGUGUUGCAAAGUAUCGGUGUGACGUUAACGGAUAUGAACGAUGUUGUGUUCAAAUUGUCAUAUUAUGAGAGAAACUACGAGUUUUUAUCACAGAAAGAGUUGAUCGGCCAAGUCCAAAGUCAUUAUACGGGACAAGCUCUUAAACAAUUAUACGUCCUAGUGCUAGGAUUGGACGUGAUUGGUAACCCUUAUGGUCUGGUAGUUGGAUUGAAGAAGGGAGUUGAGGAUUUGUUCUACGAGCCCUUCCAAGGGGCGAUCCAGGGCCCGGGCGAGUUCGCGGAGGGCCUGUUCCUGGGCGUGCGGUCGCUGGUGGGGCACACGGUGGGCGGCGCGGCCGGCGCAGUCUCGCGCAUCACCGGCGCCAUGGGACACGGACUCGCAGCUCUCUCGCUCGACAAGGAUUACCAAAGGCGAAGGCGUGACAACAUAAACAAACCACCGGCAAACUUACAAGAAGGUCUUGCUCGCAGCGGGAAAGGUCUUGUUAUGGGGGUCGUGGACGGAGUGACCGGGGUAUUCACGAAACCGAUAGAGGGCGCUCGUGAUCAGGGCGUGGAAGGGUUUUUCAAGGGGCUCGGGAAGGGCGCGGUGGGGCUUGUAGCUCGCCCUACAGCUGGUGUAGUAGACUUCGCCUCUGGGUCACUCGAUGCCGUUAAGAGGGCAGCAGAUCUGUCUGAGGAAGUAACGAAACGUCGCGCAGCGCGUUACCUUCCAGCCGAUUCAGGUGUAAGACCGUACUCGAGACUGCAGGCUGAAGGAUAUAAAAUGUUAUUUGAACUUGAAAAGGGUAAAUUCGUGAGCACGGACACUUAUGAGGCGCACGUGUGGGUGAUACCUGCAAAAGAAGUAGUUAUGUGUACUGAUAAACGACUGCUUUACUUGGAGAAGAAUAAUGUAUUCGGCGGGUGGCAGAUCGUGUGGUCAUACCUUUGGUCGGAGAUUCCCGAAGUGCCAACAGCUGUCAAUAAAGGUGUCUACAUACCUACUGCCAAAAAGAAGGUGCUAGGAAUGUUCCCGAGUUCCGGUUCGGGAAAAGUCAUAUUCCUAUACGACGAACAGCAAAAGAAAUAUUUACUGGCACAGUGCGAACGGCUAAUGCGUUCGGGGCGUUGACAUGAUCACGUAGAAAGAAUAUCCCCCACGGAAUGGCUGGGAGAGUUCUUUCUACUUAUAUUCGAUUAUCGCACCGCGUUGCUUACACUCGCGUAUCACUUUAACAUGCACCACUUAAGCCCGAAAGGCUUCCGCUGACAAUUAUAGCUGAUAGCAUGCUUUAAAGUAGACGAUCUAUUAAUUUUGUGUUGUUUUUUUUUAACGUGUGCUUGUGUUUUGAUGUAUUUCUUGAACCACAUUUGUUUAUCGAAUAUGGCUGUAUGUAUGGUUUUUGUUACUCUAAAUAUAUAAGAUUGAUUCUAAUCUCGUAGACAUGUGAGUCAGUAUGUAUUGUCAACUUUGAAGGAAAUGAGAAUAAUAAAAAUCUAUAAAUAUACGGACUAUGUAGGUAUUAUUGUACCGUAUUUUUUGUAUGGAACUUGACACUGUAUGUCAAAUGUUUACGAUAUUAUUUAGUUGGAUAAUUUUAUAAUGUUAUACAUUGAUAUACUUGAUGUAGUUAUACUUGAGAUUUAAACUAUUAGUUCGAAUCAUAUUCAUCUUUUAAAUAAUUUAAUAACAAUGUGCAUUUAAGAAACACAAUUUUCAGUCUUCCGGUACAGUUAUCUAUUUUAUGUGAUUAUGGAUUACUUAUAUGAAUAUGGCAGUGUGUCAUUGUUCACUUAAUUUACAAAGAAUUGCCUUAUAAAUGAAAUAUAUUAUUUCUAAGUUAUUGUUAUUCUGAAAUUAUUCGAACAUGGCAGAAUCACACUGUAUCCUAUGUUCAAAUAUGAAUAUUUGUGUCAUGAAUGAUGUACUUAUAAGUUGUUCGAUUACUUUAUGCUAAAAUUGUUUCUUUUUCUUGAAACUGGUUUAAAUUAUCAGAAAUUUAAUUCAGAAAGAUAUAAAAGUUUUUUUCUAAACCUAAGAGUACAAAGAUAUUAAUGAUAACGUUUUUAUGUUGUUGUUACUGUUACAUUUAAAUAUGAACAUAUAGAGAGAAUUACUUGUCACAGCUGAGGCGUUCCAAUAACAGUGCCUUAUGGUCAAUGUAUAGAAAUAUUGUUGUCUGUUUUUUCUUUUAUGUUUGAUGUUGAAUGUUCAAUAUUUUAAUGCAUCAUCGAGUUAUCAGUUUGCAUAUUUAAAUAUAAUAUGUUAAGAUAAAUGCUAUUUGCCUAUUAAGAGACUGCCACAAAAUCCUCAGAUUCGAGUUGUAAAAUUUUAUUCACUUUUUAUUACUCUUUAUUUUGAUAAAGCAUUUAUGUUUUUGUGUUGUAUUACGCGUACUUUCUACUUGUUGCUUCAUGCGCACUUUACUAAUUGUUUUAUUUUUUCUCUUAUUGUCCAAGCUUCUGUACAAGUAUAUUGUAAUAAAGU